CGGCUGAUGAGGCCGUUCCGCCCGCCCCGCGCCCAGCCCGCUCCUGCUGCCGAGGCCGCCGGCGUGGGGCCGCCUCCGGGCCGCGGUGGCUGGCACUAGACGUGAGGGGGGUGGGAGUUGCAAAAAUGUGAAGUCCUUCAUUGAUGCACCCAUUGGAGACCUUCCUCACAAGAAAUCGCACCUUAAAACCACUGCUGUAAAACCAGUUCCAGUGAGGAACGUUGCUUUUCCUCUUAAGGCAGAAUGGACAGCUGCUAGAUGAAGUUGAAGAAUUCAGUUGGAAAAUACAAGAGUGAAAUCUUUGCUUGGGAUCAUAAACAGUUUCUAAAGAAAAAAUAAUCUUUUGGUGAGCAACGAUUUCAAGAUGCCAGGUGGUGCAAGAAUCUCAUUGAACUUUAUGGAUUCCUCUCUUUCAUCUUUGAAAAACUGCCAGUCUUACAUAAAUACUGGAAUGGAUAUUGCUACUCAUGUUGCCCUUGACCUUGUGGAAAAUUUCAGUUUCGGUAUGUGGUAUUCAUGUGAUGUCUUAAUUUCAAAGACAUACAUAGAUGAUGCAGAGGAUGUUAAGAGCAUUGAAAAUGUCAUGUUAGAGUAUGCUGCAAUGGACAGAGAACUUAAUCAUUAUGUGGAAGCAAUUGAAGAAACAGUAAAUCAGAUAAAACGAGAAAAACCGGAAAAUAUGCCAGAUUUAAAAUAUUUAGUAAAAGAAAAAUUUACUGCACUGGAAAGCAAGAACAGUGACUCAGAUUUGCAAAGGAAUGAAAAAUAUUUGUAUUUUCAGGAUCAACUUAAAGAGAUGAGAAAACAAUUUCGUCAUCAAUCAGGUGAUGAUAAUGAGGCCAUUGAACAAAUUGAUGAAGAUAUAGUUGUGACUCAGAGUCAGAUGAACUUUAUUUGUCCCAUUACACAGAUGGAAAUGAAGAGGCCAGUUCGAAACAAAGUCUGUGGACAUACUUAUGAAGAAGACGCCAUUCUGAAAAUUAUCCAGACUCGAAAGCAGCAAAAGAAAAAAGUCCGAUGCCCUAAAAUUGGCUGUAGCCAUGCUGAUGUAAAAGGAUCAGAUCUUGUGCCAGAUGAAGCACUUAAAAGAGCGAUUGACAGUCAGAAUAAACAAAGCUGGUCAACACUGGAGAAGUCAGCUGGAUAUGAUGCUGCCACAAAGGAAAUUUGUUGUUAGUGGGCUUGUGAGAUAAGCUGCUGAUUGUAAGUAGGUUGUGUAACUGAUUGUUAUUUAAAGUAUUUCAUUUAUAGGCAAAGUUGAAGGUCUCAGCUGUAACUGAAAGCGUUUUUUAAACUGCCAAAUAUGAGAAAUUCCAUUUUAACUUGGUUGGUCUUUUUUUAACCUUCCUGAAGUUCUAAAAGCUUGCAUUUGAUAAAUAAAACAUGUUUUGCAGCAUUUAA